AUGACUUACGAGCAAUGGCGAGCUUUCUGCGAUCACAAAACCUAUGAUGUAUACAAUGGCUGGGGAAAUCAACUUGCUCCGCAUUUAGUUACACUGGGUAUCACGUGUACGAUCAUUUUUCGAUUUCAUCAUAUUCGAGAUCCUACUUCACUGAAAAAGAAUUCCAAUUUAUUCAGUGCCAGAGGUCACUGUAAAAAUAGCGAGUGUCCUGUGAGGAUUGAAAUCGACGUUGAACAUGAAGUGAAAAAUAAAGGAAGUCCAUGUGUGUUCAAAGUGGUGGUUAUAGGUGAUAAAAAGCACGAUCCAAAGAAGGAAACGACUGGCCGUCCAUUGACUGGAGCUGCUCGAGAAGCUAUGCCAAAAGAAGUUAAUGAACAUGGACCCCUAGCCAUCUAUGAACGUAAUUUACGAUAUGCUAAUGAAGAUCUUCUAAAAGAAGGGAACUUUAGUGAAGUUUCAUCAAUAGAUGUAUUGAAGAGAACCAAACAACAGUAUAAUAGGAAAUAUCAACUUGAUGAAAAUAUUUUCAAAGACGUACGCAUGUUUGGAUAUCUCACACGAUCAAUUGAUCAUACUUCUAAAGAUAUUAAAGGUUAUAUGCAAACAAGUGGUGAAUGGCCGUUCACUAUUCACUUCUUUACUGAAGCACAGUUGGAUCGAUUUGCCGAGUAUUGUAAAACCGAAAAGUAUUCGACCUUAUACAUCGAUGCUACUGGUUCGGUUGUUCGAAAAUUGAAAGAUCAAAAUGACGUAUUUUAUUAUUCAAUGGUAUUUCAAGAUAAAGAUUCUUCAAUAAUGCCACUUAGU